CAGACAGACUGUUUUGCUGCAGUGAACGGUAGCCGUGGAGAGAGGAAAAGGCAAGAAAAACAAGAAGACAGCGGAGGGCGGAACGAGAACCAAGACAGACAGAUCCAUUGGGACCUUAGCGUGAGCGCCAGCAGGCACAGACGCUUCCAACACUCCUGAACCGACGGAGCCAUCGGGCAUCACGAGGAGCGCUUAUAUCGUCAGCGCUUCAGUGAGCUUCUCCACUUCUCCGGGCCUCGAGAGGACUAUUGGCUGUAGCGUGCUGGACGGAUGAGCGGGAUGCGCGCGCGUCAGACUCUGGCAUUCCCGUCAUUCCAGCGGGCAGCUCUCCGGGCGCUCGCGGCCUUCACGAUGAUUCUCGCGACCUCCGUGCGGAGCAACUACGUUUAUGAUGAUGACCCCUUUCAGCCGGUGACCCAAGAUGAGACGGUGGCAGUGGGCGGGGUGGUAACCCUGACCUGCGGCGUGAAGGAAAAUGAUAACUCCUCCCUCCAGUGGUCCAACACGGCCCAGCAGACCCUGUACUUUGGAGAGAAAAGAGCACUGAGAGAUAACCGUAUCCAGUUGGUAAAGUCCACGGCCACGGAGCUGAUAAUCACCAUCGGGGAUGUUCAGCUGUCAGAUGAUGGAGAAUAUACCUGUUCCAUUUUCACCAUGCCUGUACGGACCGCACGAGCCACAGUUACUGUACUCGGUGUUCCAGGUAAGCCGGUGAUAACAGGUUUCGAAGGUGCUGUUCAGGAGGGUGGCAAGGUUACUCUCACUUGCACGAGUUCAGGAAGCAAACCUCCUGCCAAACUACACUGGUACCGUGACCAAGUGGAGAUUCAAGGGCGUCCUGAUGUUGUGGAGUCCAACCCUAAUGAACCAACCUACACAGUGACCAGUGAACUCACGCUGUCUGUCAGCAGAGACGACAACGACGCUCUGAUUGCCUGCGCCGUGGAUCAUCCAUCCAUCGCCAAUGGAGACAAGAGGACAGAGCAGCCCCUCAACGUCCUCUUUUCACCGAGAGUGUGGAUUCAUCCUGAGAGUGACCUGCCCAGAGAAGGAGAGAAGUUUUACCUGCAGUGUGUGGGGAACGGAAAUCCAGAGCCGAAUGCAUUUGUGUGGCGGAGGAAAGAGGGAGAGCUCCCCCCGCUGGCCAAGGUGGAUGGUGCAUUCCUGCGCUUCGAGUCCCUCAACAAGUCGGAUAACGGCGUUUACGAGUGCCAGGCUGAUAAUGGAAUCGGCAUGGGGGACGUAGCACACACCCUCCUGGUACAAGAUCAGGGAGAUCCAGAUUACCUGAUUCCCUCCUUUACUCUUCCUUCAUCCACCGUUUCUCCUACAUCUCCUUCUCAAACUUCUAUUUUACCCCCAACCGAAGGCAAAACUCUUCCCCCACCCUCCUCUUCAUCAUCUUCCACUGUCAUCCCCACAUCCACUCUUCCCAUCUCCUCGACUCCUUCAGCUUCGACUGUUCCUCCUUCUCUUGAAUCUCCCACCACUGCUCUGUCCAAUGCUCUGUUCCCUGAACUCACUCCUCCGCCCUCCUCCGUUUCGGCUUACACCCCUCCCUCAACCCCCACCAUCCCCCCCGCCACUCCAUCAUCUGUCCCUCGGCUGAAUGGAGUUUACACCUUUACAGAAGCCGGAGAGAACGCCGCAGACCCCACUGCGAUGUCCACCAGUUCGGGAGUCGACCAUGCUGUGAUUGGUGGAGUGGUCGCUGUCAUUGUCUUCAUUAUGCUCUGUCUCCUCCUUGUCCUCGGCAGAUACCUCAUCAGACACAAAGGUACAUACCUGACUCAUGAGGCAAAGGGAUCGGACGACGCUCCGGAUGCAGACACAGCCAUCAUUAAUGCUGAAGGAGGCCACUCCGGGGUGGAUGACAAGAAGGAGUACUUCAUCUAGAGAUCCAUCCCUCCGUACCCUCUUCCUUCACACGCUUCAGUUCACUCAGCCUGACGGGGAAAUAAACGGGGAUGGCAAACGAGAGAGCAAAUAUGUGAGGAAAAAAUAAAAAAACAAACAAAAAAAAAGUGUUGACCUGCUGGGACUGAAGGACCUCUAAUAAGCUUCGACACACAGGACAGGGAAGUGAGAGUUACGCACUGGCGCGUGGGCUCAUUUUCACACACAUUCACACACAUAUACACACACAUUUCUUCAUUACCAUAAUGAGCAAACACACCCGACGUGACGUAAACAAUAAAAAGAGAUACAUCAAGGCAAUAUGACAGUGAACACACUUCCCUCGUCUCCCAUGAUUCCUUUCUAGCGGUCCAGAUGUGCGCACUGAAGUGCACAUGCAUGAACUUUCAGGACACACACACGGUCUGAUCCCAAACCCAUUGAAAGACACCGACGCAUAACAGGCACGCAUGCAAAACACACACUGAACUAAAAGCAUCUUAAACGUUAGACUAAAUUGAAUUUAGACCCUGCAAUAUCACUGACAGACACACACACACACACACACACACAUGCAUUUACAUCACAUAAGUGUUACACACACACUCAUUUACAUCACAUCAGUGUUACACACACACAUACAUGCACACACACAAAAACCAGGUGAAAACAGCAGCCCCUGCAAUCAUUAUGUGGGACCCCUGAUAUAAAUUUAUAAAUACAGUACAUAUAUAUGAUUAUAUAGCAUCAUUUUUACUCAGUGUGCUGUAAAUAUAUCCUCCAUCUCUCUCUUUCUCUCUCUCUAUCUCUCUCUGUCUGUCUCUCUAACCCUCACUGUCUGAUAUUGCAGUAUAUACUCUCUGAGCCUGCCUGGUUUUCUUACAUGCGUGGAAAUGCCGAGUUGAUAAAAAACAAAAUAUCUGGACUAUAGGAAAAAAAAUACAUGGUGUUAUGAAAACUUCAGUAAUAUUUGUAUGAAUUGCGUUCUCUUCGAGUUUGAUUUCUGGUGUUUACUGUUGGUGCAACAGUCUAGUGUCAUUUCAUCACCCCGGGAAGAUUAUUAGUGUUAUGUUUUUUUUUUUUAUUUUGAGGUCAUCAAUCUGAAUGCAUUUCAUUGAUUGUGAUGCUGACCUGUCAUGUAUCAAGCCCAGUGAUCGGCUCACUCACGCCACCUUCAGGAAUGAAUCUCCUCUAAAAAAAGCAGGGUAAUGCAAACUACUGCUCUCUUUCUCUCUCUAUCUCUCUCUGAUCUCAAAUCCUUGCUCUAUUCAUAUCCACAACUCUAUUAAUUUCCUCAUUUUUGCAGUCAUAAAAAUACAUUAUUUACAAACCACAGAUUAUGGUGAUUUUUGGAGGGAGUUUCAGGGUUUAAGCCUGGUUUAUACUUCUGAGUGAUCGGCGGGAACCACGGCGCAUGGCUUGCGCGUGGCCGUGCAUUUAUACUUCUGCGUGCUGUUUGAGUUGCUCUGCAAUAACACUUCCGAAACGUUAGCUGAACAGGUGUUUAUGUUCCUCUGUGUCGAGUGUCUUCGCUGGUGUUUUGUUUUUUCAAGAUGCUACCUUAAUGUACAAGAAGCUAAAACUCGCUCAUUCAGAGACGGGAACCGGCGGAUGUGCAACAACUUUAAUCAUAAGGUAAAACGCAAAACAAAACUUUCCAUCCAGAGCUCCUUCACUCGACUCGACACGUCCCACCCACACUCGUCAACGCUACCAAGCCGACCGAUCACAGUGCUUGCACUACGCGUCAUUGCGAAGUUUAGUUACAUUUUUUUGAGAGGUGCACAGAAGUAUAAAUCAGCCUUUACUCAUCUAAUAACUAAUUAAUUCAUGUAAUUAAGUACAUUUAAAACCCCUUUUCCUAUGUGAAUCAACAGUAAAUAAGGCAUUCAUGUGUUGACUCUGUGGUGCUGUCAAAAUAUUUAAGCAUGUUUUUUUAAGCAUCAUGAAUGCCUGAUAUUUAAAUGACAUUCGACCAAUGACAUGCAGUUUAGUUCACCUGUGCAUAAAUUACACACUUUACUAUUAAAUAAGUUGUGCUUAAGUUACGAUAACGUUUGCUGUAAUUACGGAAAGUGGCCAGUUAUUUAUUUACAAUUUUUUUUAUAUUUUACAAUACCUGUAUUACUAUUUUAGGGCAACACGGUGGUUCAGAAAUUAGCACUAUUGCCUCACAGCAAGAAAAUUGCUGGUUUAAGUCCCGGCUAGGCCAGGUUGCAUUUCUGUGUGGAGUUUGCAUGUUCUCCCCGUGUUGGCGUGGGUUAUCUCCGGGGGCUCCGGUUUUUCCAUAGUCCAAAGACAUGUGGUAUAGGUGAACUGAAUAAACUAAAUUGGUCAUAGUGUAUGUGUGCGAAUGAGUGUGUAUGGAUUUUUCCCAGUACUGGGUUGUGGUUGGAAUGCCCAAUGCUGAAUACGUUGGUGGUUCAUUCCGCUGUGGCAACCCCUGAUAAAUAAGGGCCUAAGCUGAAGAAAAAUGAAUGAAUGAAAUGCAGUCUAGAUGAUUCUACUUUGUACAGUAGCAUAAACAUUUUAAACGAUCACGUUUUCUUGUCCUAAACAUGUAUAAUUGUCGAAUAAAUCUCAAGCUUUCUCUCUAAUCUUGACAAAAUGUGACUGAGAUGAGUGCGGCUCAUUCACUAAAACAUCUGACAAGAACCGAAUUAUAAAACCUUUGAUUAAAUCUAAAUCACCGCAGCUAAUAAAAUGUACAUUUCAGUAAUACUGGUCACUGAAUAAAUGGUUAAUUGGAUUUACUAAGCUGGCGACACGGUGGCUCAGUGGUUAGCACUGUCGCCUCACAGCAAGAAGGAUGCUGGUUCAAGUCCCGGCUGGGCCAGGUGGCAUUUCUGUGUGGAGUUUGCAUGUUCUCCCCAUGUUUGUGUGGGGUUUCUCUGGAUGCUCCGGUUUCCCUCACAAGUCCAAAGACAUGCGAUAUAAGGGAAUUGAAUAAACUAAAUUGGCCCUAGUGUAUGUGUGUUAAUGCAAGAGUGUAUGGGUGUUUCCCAGUACUGGGUUGCAGCUGGAAGGGCAUCCGCUGUGUUGAACAUAUGCUGGAUAAGUUGGCGGUUCAUUCUGCUGUGGCAACCCCUGAUAAAUAAGGGACUAAGCCGAAGGAAAAUUAAUGAAUGAAACACAGCCUGGAUGACUCUACUUUGUACUGUAGCAUCAAACAUUUUAAAAUAACAGCGUUUUCUUGUCCUAAACAUGGACAAUUGUUGAAUAAAUCACAAGCUUUUCUUUCUAAUCUUGAGAUAAGUGUGGCUCAUAUACUAAAACGUCUGAUAAGAACUGAAUAAUAAAAUCUUUGCUUAAUUCUAAAUCACAGCAGCUAAACAAAUGUUCAUUUCAGUAAUACUGUACACUGAAAAAAAAAUUAUUAAUUGGAUUUACUAAGGUGGCGACACUGUGGCUCAGUGGUUAGCACUGUCACCUCACAGCAAGGAGGUUGCUGGUUUGCAUGUUCUCCCCAUGUUGGUGUGGGUUUCCUCCGGGUGCUCCAAUUUUCCCCACAGUCCAAAGACAUGCGCUAUAGGUGAAUUGAAUAAACUAAAUUAGCUGUAGUGUAUGUGUGUGGAUGAGUGUAUAUGGGUGUUUCCCAGUACUGGGUUGCUGCUGGAAGGGCAUCCGCUGCGUAAAACAUAUGGUGGAAAAGUUGGCGGUUCAUUCCGCUGUGGCGACCCCUGAUGAAUAAAUUGACUAAGCCGAAGGAGAAUUAAUGAAUAAAUGGAUUUACUAAUUUUUUUAAGGUAAGUGCUUGCAAACAGUUGAUGCGUGCUGAAUAUAAACAAACAAAUUAAGUUGAACAUUACUAAAUUUUAUUUGUUUAAAUCCAGCUUAUAUAAAUUGUUUGCAACCACUUACCUUAAAAUGUAUCCAAAGAAUAUUUUUUUUCAGUGUAAUUUGGCCCCAAUAAAAGCAAGAAAGCUUGCAUUAAAUUACAUCUGCCAUAUGAAUGGGAGCUAAUAUUAAAGCUUAUUUUUUAUUUGUUCACGUAGGAUGACAGGAUCAUUUAUUAAACGCAUAUGUAGGUCACAACCAACCGGCAACUAACCAAUUACAACCAAAACCCGUUCUCUACCUUCACACUCCCUCCACACACCUCAUUGCAGACCACGAGCUCCUGAUGUGAACACUUACAGCCGACCGCCACCAGAUGGCGAUGUUGCAUUAUAUUCCUACACACUCGCUCUCUCUCUCUCUCUCUCUCUCUCUCUCUCUCUCUCUCUCUCUCUCUCUCUCUCUCUCUCUCUCUCAAGCAGUAGAACUUCCAGUUAGUAAUCAGCUCAGUGCUUACUUUUUAAAUUAUGUUUACUUUUACUCUGCUGUAGAUGUGCAUAUACUGUUGUUUGUAAUUUUAUGUUCCAUCUUUUUUUCAAUCUUUUUUAUUAUUAUUAUUAUUAUUAUGUCGUAGGCUGGAAGGUGUAGUUGCUAGUUUCCAUGACUUUUGUUUCAUCAUUGGAUUAUCAAUGAGUUCACGUGAUUAGUGUUGCCUUGAACAGUCUACACACUCGAGUGAACACAGAUGCAUCUACUGCGUGUCUGUUUUCCACACACACUGGCCCAACAAAACAGAUGCAGGAACGCUCAAAAGUAUUGUUUUGUUCAUGGAGUUUUUGUUAGAUUUAUUUCUCUUUUUUUUUCUUUUUUUGAAUGAUAAGUCUUCCUUUUGAAUAAAUAUUCAUAUCAUGUGGAGCUAUUCUGUCAUGUAUGUUGAUUUGUAUUAUGGCCGAUGAUGUCAUCUGAACGGGACUAAACUCUGAGAUCAUCAUCAUUGUGGGCUCCGUUUGUUUGAUGGUCUGUUUAGACAGUAUUUGCUUUUGUUACAAAAAGAGAUCCCUUGUUAACUUCAAAAUAAAUAUACAUUUGGGUUAACCUCA